CGGGGUCACUAUACUGGCUGGUGGGACCUUUUCGAGUCGCCCGGAGGAAUUUCCAUUCACAACAAGCAACCCGAAAGAAGUUUUGGGGAUACAAAACGGCACGACUUAUUUCUUCUAUACACAUGCACACUUGUGUGUACGUAGGUAUAUGUGUGUGCACCGAUAGAGGCGUCCAACCAAUCAUCUGGCGAGCACGCAGCGAUCCAUUAGCGCGCCUAAUCGACUGCUUAAGUAGCUGUAGGCGGAUACGAAAUAGCUUGUGAUUACUUCUCCAGGAGAAGGUCGCAACCUUCCAGCAGUCGGGGGAAAAAAAAGAAAAAUUCCGAAUCGUGAAAUGUGUCCGCACGGAGAUGCUUCCAACUGCGCAGGUCCCCGCCCGCCACUUCCCAUUUUCGGCCGCCAUGACCAUUGGCACGGCUGCCAGCGCCUGGCGGCGGUCUAGCAAACAGGGGCGACAGCACAAGUCCCGACGAGUCAGCACAGACUGUUGGGGUCUACAUAUCCAAACGAAAGGAAAAAAACACGCUCACUUCAACGUCGAACGUUGAAUUGUGCACAUUCUCUCUCUCUCUCUCUCCCAAGUUGCACUAGUCUGGUGCUGACUAGGACACUCCGGCGCAUCAUUCAGACAUUCCUCUGUGAAAUUGUGUGCCGAAUAACAACAGCCAACUGUUAUUCAACCCGUCAACGGGAACCACAGAGCCAACAAAUCACUAGACAAUCCUCACGAGUGUGUUAUUGUGCGAGUGAAUACAUCAGCUGAUUGCCAGUUCGCGUCCCACGGCCUAGCAGAGGAUAUAGUCUUAUUAUCCGAAAAAGGCCAGCAUGGAUCCUACGUCAGCCGAAUUCAAGCAAGAUCUACGUCAGCGACUCACUCCGCUCCAGUGGUCAGUCACGCAAGAGAAGGGUACGGAAAGAGCGUUUACCAACAAGUACUACAAGCUACGAGACAAAGGCACUUACGAAUGCAUUUCGUGCGGUCGGGAUCUUUUCGACUCGACGACCAAAUACGACUCGGGCUCGGGAUGGCCAGCUUUCUAUGACGUCAUCGAUCCGAAAGGGGUCAAACUUACCAAAGACGCCUCUCACGUCGGGGCCAAUCUACUUCUUAUAAUCGCCAAUCCAGGUUUGGUGAGGACCGAAGUGAGCUGCUCCAACUGCCGGGCUCAUUUAGGACAUUUGUUUACCGACGGUCCAAAGCCAACCGGUCUGCGCUAUUGCAUCAACUCCUCGUCGCUAAAUUUCCGCCAAGCUGCUGACGCUGAAGCCGAAAGUCAGCCGACGGGUGACAAGUCGUUCAGCUCUAGUUCGUUCAGUUUCCCCGCCACUCAGGGUGGAUGCGGUCCGCUUCGGUGCGGUGCGGAUACAAGCAUCUCCUGUUCUAAGAAAGUGAACGGGACCGUUUGAUUUGUCUGUCAAAAAAAGGUGUUGUUCAACGAAGUCUUCACGCAAAAAAUAUGUCCGGAAAGGAUGCGCUACCUAUCUUUUGUAUUAUUUAAACGAUGGAUAGCUGUGCCCUUGAUAAGAUUGUUCGAAAUAAAUACACGGCUACCACACAAUAA